AUGAUUUCUGAGGUAGCUCAUGUGGGGGUAGCAGGAAAGGAUUUUUUGAGCAAGGCGACGAUAAGCCUUAAGAUUGCGUUACAUGCCUUUGGUCCGCCAAAGCGCGUUCUGAAUAGAGUCUUGGCAGCGAAACUGACACUCGCAACGUCGACUGCACAUACGACCAAUGCCCCAACUCGACAUGUAGGUGCAACACUUCGCCCCAAGAAGCUACGGCUUCAUUGUCAAAUCGCUCAACAUUUCGAACCUCUCAGAUUCAAUAUCCGUAAGCCCAAUGACUCCGUUCCAUUGACAUUCCUGCGACCCAGCAUUGCGCGCUCGCGUGGCAUUCUCGUCGAUCUGUGCAAAGGUACCGGUGGAGAGCUCGAGUCCACUAGAAGAAUAGAAGAGAAACGAGCGCAUAUCAAUAAAAACCACAUUGUUGUGCGUAAUGAACGCAGACGGAGAGACGCCUACCUGCGCCAGGGGAUCAGCCCGUCUCAACAUGAGGGCCAGUAUAGACCAGCGCUUCGACGUGAACCUUCACGCCGAUUCGGCGCACAGGCUUUCUGGUGUCACUUUUCCCAGAGCAAGAGGCUGAAGAUAGUCGAAUGGCAGCGCGUAUAUGCCCAAAGACUAAGUGGCCAAAUCGAUGCGGACGAUGAGAAGAGAUUGGCCGGGCUGAAAGAUGAUGCUGCCAACGAGCUCUCGUUUGCUGUCACCAAGGACUCUCUGAUCGUAGUCUACCAUUUGGAGGCACUCGCAGAGGUUACCAAAGUCGUACUGCCCCGUCUCUGUCUCACGCAAGGCUCUUUUUACGAUCAGUUUGCCUGCAUCCACAGCAGUGAGCAUGUCGGACUGCAGGGUGGAUUGGACGAUGACUCUCAUCCUACACAAAUAAAAGAUAGUAUGGACGAAGACCUAAUCGAGAUGCCAGAUGCAGACAUCCAGUUGAGGGAUUAUGAAGAUCUUCCAUCGAAUACGGGUGGCAUCAAUCAGUCAUAUAUCAAUACGGGCAUGGCCCAUGAUACGAGCAGAGCUGCCCAGACCCCUGCCAAUGGCCCAGACGUUGUUACGAGCGAUGCUGACACGCCUACAUCAGUUUUCUUACCUCUACCACCACCUCUACCACCUCUACCACCACCUCUACCACCUCUAUCACCUCUAUCACCAGGAAUGGUCUCACAAUUCGCCGUCUACCCUAUUGAUACCUUGAAAUUGUAA